AUGGUGAAACAGAGCAAAGCAAAGACACGUCUGCCAGAUGAACAAGAAACACGCUUCGGCAGCGAAGCCCUCUCCUCGGAAGAAGAGGAUGCGGAUUCUCGCUACGGCGCGCUGACAGCCGCCGACCAAAGCCCGUCUUCGAAGAAGAGCAUCACGCAGAUCAUGAAGGACAAGAAGAAGCAGACGCAGCUCACCCUGCAAUGGCUGGAAGAAAACUACAUUGUAUGUGAAGGAGUUUGUUUACCAAGAUGCAUCCUUUAUGCCCAUUAUUUAGACUUCUGCAGAAAAGAGAAACUGGAACCUGCCUGUGCUGCAACUUUUGGCAAGACCAUUCGCCAGAAAUUCCCUCUCCUCACCACAAGGCGGCUUGGAACAAGGGGCCAUUCAAAGUAUCACUAUUAUGGAAUUGGCAUUAAAGAAAGCAGCGCAUAUUACCAUUCUGUGUAUUCUGGAAAGGGCUUAACCAGGUUCUCUGGAAGCAAGCUAAAGAAUGAGGGUGGUUUUACUCGUAAAUAUUCUCUGAGUUCCAAAACUGGAACGCUCCUCCCAGAGUUUCCAAGUGCUCAACACCUUUUGCUUCAAGGGUGCCUUUCUAAAGACAAGGUAGAUACUCUUAUCAUGAUGUACAAAACGCACUGUCAGUGUGUCCUUGACAAUGCAAUUAAUGGGAACUUUGAAGAGAUUCAGCAUUUCCUAUUACACUUUUGGCAAGGAAUGCCUGACCAUCUUCUUCCUCUGCUUGAAAAUCCCAUCAUCAUUGACAUUUUCUGUGUCUGUGACUCAAUACUAUAUAAGGUUCUUACAGAUGUACUCAUCCCUGCAACAAUGCAAGAAAUGCCAGAAAGUUUACUGGCAGAUAUAAGAAGUUUUGCAAAAAACUGGGAACAGUGGGUUGCUUCCUCUUUGGAAAAUCUACCAGAAAGCCUGAUAGAUAAGAAAUUGCCUAUUGCACGAAGAUUUGUUUCCUCCCUGAAACGACAGACGUCAUUCCUACACCUGGCACAGAUUGCUCGACCAGCUCUUUUUGAUCAGCAUGUGGUGAAUUCCAUGGUGUCGGAUAUUGAAAAAGUUGAUUUGAAUAGUAUUGGUUCUCAGGCCCUUCUUGCAGUUUCAGGCAGCACAGACUCUGAUGGGGAAGCCUAUAGUGAAUAUGACUCUAUUACAGUGUUCCAAGAACUGAAGGACCUUCUAAAGAAGAAUGCCACUGUGGAAUCAUUUAUUGAAUGGUUGGAUACUGUGGUUGAGCAAAGGGUUAUCAAGGCAAGCAAGCAAAAUGGGAGGUCUUUAAAGAAGAGAGCUCAAGACUUCCUUCUGAAAUGGAGCUUUUUCGGUGCUCGAGUGAUGCAUAACCUAACUCUAAACAACGCAUCAAGUUUUGGUUCUUUUCAUUUGAUCCGCAUGUUACUAGAUGAGUACAUCCUGCUUGCAAUGGAGACACAGUUCAACAAUGACAAAGAACAAGAACUCCAGAAUCUACUGGACAAAUACAUGAAGAAUUUAGAUGCAAGCAAAGCCACCUUCACUGCAUCACCAAGCUCUUGCUUCCUAGCAAAUCGCAACAAAGCCGCUCCUCUGCCCAGUGACACUUCAGUCAAAAAUGAGUGCCUUGGAGAGCAAACCUAUGUGUCCUUGUCAGCUGGCCAGCCCAGCAGUGCAUCUUCUGGGCUGAACCCCUUCACCACAGGAGAUGGGGAGAGUAUGCAGCUGACAGAUCAAAUGGAGCUGUCUCAAAGCACUGGUCACCUCAUGACUCCACCCAUUUCACCAGCCAUGGUCAGCCGAGGAAGUGUUAUCAACCAGGGGCCAAUGGCUGUGAGACCUCCCAGCAUAGGUCCCAUGUUAUCAACACAUUCACAGUGCUCUUCCUACUCAGAACCCCUUUACCAGACUUUGUCACAGACUAAUCAGAAUUAUUAUGGAAACAAUUCCAAUUACCAGACUAUGUUCAGGACACAGGCCCAUUCCACUUCAGGAGUCUACGACCACAGAGCAGAGCCCAGCCGAUUCAAUGCCUUGAGUGAACAGCAGUUCUCCAGAGACUACUUCAGCAACAGUUGUGCUGUGUCUCCCUACAAUGCCAGAUCCCCUUCCAGCUAUGGUCCGUCUGGCAUGUCUCAGGACACACACAAUAUGCAGUUUCUGAAUACCGGGAGUUUCAAUUUCUUGAACAACUCAGUGUCUACAUGUCCAGGAACAGCUUAUCCUGCUAAUGCUUCCAAUGGAUAUUAUGGAAACAGCAUAAAUUAUUCAGAAUCUCACAGACUUGGAACAAUGGUGGACCAACAUGUUUCUGUAAUCAGCAGUGUCAGCAGCAUUCGGCCACUGCCAUCCUACAGUGAUAUACAUGAUCCACUGAAUAUCUUGGAUGACAGCAGAAGAAAACAAACAGGCUCAUACUACACAGAGUCCUCACCUUCAAUUGUCUGCCGGACCCCCAUGGCUUCAAGCUUGCAAACCACAUCUUCUUCACAGUGUAUGUACGGAACAUCUGGUCAGUUCCCUUCCCAGGAAAAUCUGGAGGUCCAUGCCUCAGCAAGCAGAGAUAUGGUGCCAUCUUUACCACCAAUCAACACUGUCUUCAUGGGAGCAGCUGCUGGAGGAACCUAACUGGGAGAGGCCUGUCUGUGCCCUAAGCUUACUUUCCAGCCCCUGACAUUAAGGCUAUGAUGAUAAUCCCCUUCCAAGCUGGUGGAAGAUAAAAGUAUUAUAUAUUAAAGGACCCAUUUUAGCAAUGUUAUCAGCCCUUCACACACAAAAAAUAGCUAUAUUUAGGUUGGGUCUUGCUUGUGAAUCUCUCAGGAUUGUUCUUACCAUUACAGCUUUUUAGUCAGAAAUUCAGGGUAAGCAGAAAGAACCAGUGAUUCUUGCAUGCAAGAAUAAGUUGUAAAAAAAUUAUUACAUCUAUUCCUAAUUUAUUAAAAAUGCUAUUUUAAUCUUUCACUUAUAUCUUUUUUUAUAUAUAUAUAAAAAAAUGUUUAUUUAAUGCCUGUGUUGCUCAUUAUUUAUUAGGACCACAGAGUAACUGUUUACUUUCUCAUAUUUGACAAAUUGUCAAAUGUAUGUAUCCUACCUCCUAUGGAAAUGUUUACAGGGUCAGUUUUUACUGUUUUAAAUGAAACUAAGCCAAACUCUUAAGUUUUUUACUGUUGUGCUCUGGAAAGUAAAUUUCAAAUGUUUAGUGCCUACUUGUGUAAGUGAAAGUCCUCAGGAAAUAAAUAAAACAUAUUACGGAAUUUUAUUUCUCUUCCUCUUAAAAUAAAACCAACAAAACAUGCAAAUUAUCAUAAGCUAACUGACUGCAGUAGCCUGCUGCUGUAGCUGGAUAACUGAAGGAAAUGAAACUAUGCCACUAAAUCUCAUGGGAUUUCAGAAUUACCUGUGGUAUGAGCUCAAAGUUUCUUUAAUGGAAAUCCAUUAAAAUACAUUAAUCAACUUUCAUUUGUUUAGUGCACAUCUCAUUGUGUAACCUGAGACCAAAAGUAAUAAAGAUUAUUUAAAAAUAUUGCAAGCCUUCAGAUAGCUAUUUUAAUUUUAAAAAGUGUUUUACAAGUGCCAUGAUAAUCUUUUCACAAAUACACAUUUAUUUGUGCUUCUGGAAAAGCCAAGAAUAUUCACUAGUGGUGUUACAGAGGUGAAGAGAACACACAAAACAAGCUUCUUGCUAAGCAUUCAUGAAAUAGCAGGUGUUAUUUUAUAAUCAGACUGUCCCAACACCAGAUUCAGGUUUGGAUUUAAAUCCACUCCAAUUCAACCCAUUAAAUAUAUGCUGAAUAUUGUGGAAUUGAAGAAAAGUACAUUUUUUGGUGGAGGAAAUGGAUGCUACCUGAAUGAAACUUUUCUUUCUGAUGCUGUAUAACUUCCUUUAGUGUCUCUCUAUCAUGAGAUGUCUGGCUGCAGAAAUGCAAUCAAAAACAUUGACUAGGACUAGGUCAUCAAGAAUUCUGGAUAUGACACAAUUGAUGUAG